AAAAAAUAGUAGAAAGAAAGAGAUAAAUAAUAUAUAGAGUAUUAAUUUGCUCUAGAUUUGUUUGUCAGUUUUCUUUCAGUGUUAAUUUUUGGCUGGUUUUGUGUGUGAAAAAUAAUAUAUAUAGAGAAGUGCAAAAAGAAAAAACAAAAGUUUAUCUUUUGAAUUAUUUUUUUUUGCACUUUGAGGGAUUUCAACAAGAAAACAAAAAUGUCAACAGCUGAAAGAAAUAAUUCUAAAAUCACAAUUUAUGUGCUUUCUUGUUGGAUUUUUGCUGCUUUUGGUGGCCUCAUGUUUGGUUAUGAUAUUGGUAUUUCAGGAGGAGUUUCUGGUAUGGAUGAUUUCUUGAAGAAAUUCUUUCCAAAAGUGUAUGAAAGAAAGUCACAUGCCAAAGAGAAUAACUACUGCAAGUAUGAUGAUCAACUUCUCCAACUCUUCACUUCAUCCUUAUACUUAUCGGCUCUUGUCGCGAGCUUUUUUGCUUCAAAGUCCGCCACUAAAUUUGGGAGAAGGCUUACCAUUUGCAUGGCUUCAAUCUUUUUCCUUGCUGGAGCUGUUCUGAGUGCUGCCGCGAAAAACAAGUUGAUGCUCAUUUUUGGUAGAAUUUUGUUUGGUGUUGGUGUUGGCUUCGGAAAUGAGACGGUUCCACUGUUUUUGACUGAAGUUGCACCAAUCCAACACAGAGGAGCUGUGAAUAUACUUUUCCAACUCUUUGUGACAAUAGGAAUUUUCAUUGCGAAUCUUGUUAACUAUGGAACCUCAAUGAUACAUCCACAUGGUUGGAGAUUAUCACUUGGCCUUGCAGCUGUGCCCGCAAUAGUUUUGUUUGUCGGUAGUUUUGUGAUCACUGAUACCCCCUCGAGUCUGAUUGAGCGUGGCAAGGAUGAACAGGGCAAGACCGUGCUUAAGAAGAUUAGGGGUGUCAAUGAUGUUGAGGUUGAGUACCAAGAAAUCGUGGCAGCUUGUGAACAAGCCAAGCUAGUUAAGUAUCCGUUCAGGAACUUAGCAAAGGCUGCUAGUAUUCCACCACUUGUGAUUGCUAUCUUGUUGCAAAUAUUCCAGCAAUUCACUGGAAUCAAUGCCAUUAUGUUUUACGCGCCUGUCCUGUUCCAAACUAUGGGUUUCAAGUCUGAAGGCUCACUAUUGUCCUCUGUCAUUACUGGACUUGUUAAUGUUGGAAGCACUUUUGUUUCCAUCUACCUUGUUGACAAGGUUGGAAGGAGAAAAUUGCUUCUCCAAGCUUGUUGUCAAAUGUUAAUUUCUCAGUUGGCAAUUGGAGCUAUUUUGGUAACAAAUUUGGAGGAGACAGGAACAUUAAACAAGAAAUUAGCAGCAAUAGUUGUGCUUCUGGUGUGUACUUAUGUGAUGUCGUUCGCGUGGUCAUGGGGGCCUCUUGGUUGGUUAAUUCCAAGUGAGACAUUCCCAUUGGAAACAAGGACAGCUGGUUUCGCAUUUGCUGUCAGCACAAACAUGCUCUUCACUUCUCUCAUUGCACAAGCUUUCUUGACUAUGCUCUGCACUAUGCAAGCCUACAUAUUCUUCUUCUUCUCCGCUUGGAUCGUUGUCAUGGGACUUUUCGUCAUCUUCUUCUUGCCCGAAACAAAGGGUGUCCCCAUUGAUUCUAUGGUGGAAAGAGUCUGGAUGCAGCACCCUGUUUGGAAGAAACUCUUCUAAAAUCCAUUCAAGUUUGUUGGCUUCUUAUUUAUACCAUCCUACUUAUUUGGAUAUCCUAUUAUCAGAUUUUGAAUCCUUAUUUUAUACCUAAUACAAUGAUAUAUCUUGGAAAGUUCAUUUGAUUUCUAA